AUGAAGCUCUCCUUUGUUGUUCCGUUCUUGGCCGCUUUGAUUGGCAUUGCCAAUGCCGAAAGUGUUGGUACAAUUCGAGGAAUCAAGGCAAGGGAUCCUGAUGGUGAAAGGAUCAGGAGCCACAAGCAUCAUUCCAAACCUCCAGGAGAAGGGCGUUCUUAUCACAAUCGCCAUGGCAGUGGAAGGGUCGGGGGUAAGGACAAACCAAGGGACCAGGAAGACAAAGUGAUUCAUACCUCUACGCAUGCAGAAGAUAGUGCUGGUGACAAGCCCAGGAGCUAUGUUGAAUCGAGUUUUACAUUCGACGGACAGGGGUUCCGAUUGAGGGUAGUGAUUGGGAUAACCAAGCGACUGCAGCAGUCGAUAAAGGUUAAUACUUUCUUGUCCGUCCUCAACAUUGGAAAACGGUCUUCGGCUCCUUGCCUGCCACAGGAGAAGCGGAGCUGGAAUUGA